UAAAGAAACUACCUCACUGGGAAUGUCAUCCUUACCAACUUCAGAUGGAUUCAACCAUCCAGCCCAUUCUCCAGGACGGAGCCCCGAGAUUGGUAAUCCUAUGAGUCUCGCUCGCUCUGUCUCUGCUUCCGUCAGCCCUAUCAAGCCCAGUGACCCUGACCGCAUCGGACCUAAAGCUCUAAAGGCUUUGAAGGCUUCCGCUGAAUUCCAGGUAACCUCUGAAAAGAGAGAACAUCUUCCUCCACAGGAUCUUUCCGAUAGUGCUUCUUCAGCAGACAGUGUUCCCGCCGACCGUGCUCCAGCCAUGCCUCUGCAGAAUUCAUCCGAAGAAGCCAUUGUUGCAGAGAGCAUGGAGAAAUCUGCUGAAGGAAGCACCCAGGGCCUCAGAUCUCCUCUCCACACAAGACGGCAAGCUAGUUUAUCUGUCACAACUGCUGGUGUGCAAGAACCACCGGGGUCUCCAGGUGAAAAGGGUUGGCAUCCGGAAAGUCGGAACCCGAGUCCAGGGAACAGCCGUGAGCACAGAGAACUGGGACACGAGCGGCAUCAGGCUGUACAGCAGGAUGCUCUGCAUGACCGAGAACAGGAACACCCCUGUGACACAGAAGACUUUGAACUUCCUGGGGAAGGGCAACAGAAUCAACCAAGAAGUGUUGAUUUGGAAGCUACAAUGAAAGAAGACGGGCUGCAGCAGAACGUGGACCUUCCAGGCACAGACGAAAAUAUUCUACCUUCAGGACGCUUUGGCCGCUCACACUCAGAAACACUUAUGGAAGUAGAUACAGUCCAAGAGUCCCCAGGUGCUGUGCUUAACUCAGCGGAUGGUCAGAACGCCAGUGUCAAGAACAUCGGCUCAUCCGGUCUCACCUUAGAGAAUCCCCUGAUGGAAGUAGAAACCUCAAAAUGUAACCCUUCAUCUGAAAUUUUGAGUAGUUCGUUUUGCACUCAGGAUUUACAGCUCCCAGACAAUAACGUUGAAAUGUCUGGAACAAAUAAAGAAGAUGGGGAUUGCUCCCCGCCUUUAAGUCUCUGUGGCAGUUGUCAGCCCUCUGUGGAGUCAGCAGAGGAACGGUGCUCCUCUCUGACAGCAGCCUUGAAGGAACUCCAUGAACUCUUGGUCAUUAGUAGUAAACCAGCUUCAGAAAAUGCAUCUGGGGAAGUUCUCUGUCAAUCAGAAAUGGUAACCCACAGCCAAACAGGUAUUCAGGAACUUUCUGAAAGGUGGACCCAAAGUGAGCAUGUUACAGCUACCCAGAAUGAAGAGCAUUUGCAAGUCUCCUUUCAUCAGACCAUAUCUGUGUCCGUGAGGGCAGAAGAGUUAACAGACACUUCAAAUGGUGCUGGAGUAGAUGAUGUAGAAAACAUUAAAGUCAGGGAUCCAGGUGAUGGCCUAGUACCUGAUAAGGAAAGUGUCCCCGAGUCUAGGGAAUCCGAAAACGAGAGCAGUUCUGCCACUCUAGCCUCAGCAAAAACGUCUAAUCAGUUACACUGCACCUUAGGUGUAGAAAUCUCACCCAAACUUGUAGCAGGUGAGGAGGAUGGUGUCAGUCCCGCUUCUGAGCAAACGAAGUCCUUGUCCAGGUUCACGUUGAUUGAAGAUUUGGGUCAGGGCUCACAGAAUCUGGUGACAGACAGGCCUGAGACCCGACAAGAUGCCUGUCCUGAAGCUGUGGGGCCGCCGCUUGAGUUAGGACCGCCUACCAGCCAUCCAUUGUCUAGUCCCUCCGUUCUUCCACCGCUGAUUUUUCCUGCUGCAGACAUUGACCGGAUUCUCCGGGCCGGCUUCACUUUGCAGGAGGCUCUUGGGGCUUUGCAUCGAGUUGGUGGAAAUGCAGACCUUGCACUUCUUGUUUUGCUAGCAAAGAACAUUGUAGUUCCUACAUAACCAUGGAAAAGUGGGCUAGAUCAUACUCUGUUCCCUUAAAAAAAAAAAAAAAAAAAGGCUAUAGACACACAUGCACAAACGCACGCGCGCGCACACACACACACACACACAUCCACACUCACCACAUACACAGUGUAUGUAGAAACCUGCAAGCAGAAUGUUGAGCCAGAUUUUUUUUAAAAGAUUUUUUUCGGCCAAAGUAAAUUAUCUCUUGUCUGAUGAAUUUGUCUAUAUGUUAAAAUUUGGGCCUUUUAAAUGUAUUGGCAGUAUGUGCAUACAAAAGCUUUUUAUUAUCAUCAAGAUGAUGUAUUCUGGAAUAAAAUUGAUGGUUUUGUGUAUAGCA